GCCGCCUUCGUAGCAAUGGCUGGAACGGGGAACAACACAAGAGGUAUACCGGAGCGUUUUAGCUGACCAGGAAGAGCCUAAAUCACCGGGAACCCCAGAACCAACGUGUAGAGGGGGUCUUGCCAAAGGACACACGAGAAACGAAAAGAGACCCGGGAGGGGAAAGUGAGGAGAGCUAACGCUACUUUGAUAGCUAACCGCUAGCUGGCCAUCAACACGGUUGUCACCGCCGCGGGGGGAAGAACCCCGAGGAGCCACGACAACUGCGCGUCGUUACGCGGGGUUUUGAGAAGAGGACGCGGGGGCACCAAACGCUGGAGCGUGUGAUCAAACGGCUCGCGGGGCAGCGAUCAUGAGCGGACCGGUGCAGGACAGCGAGCCCGAAGCGAAAGUCCUCCUCAUCAAGCGGCUUUACAGGGCCGUGGUGGAGUCUGUGCACAAGCUGGACGUCAUCAUCGGCGGCAAAGCGUCCUACAGAGAGGUCUUCAAGCCGGAGAACAUCAGCCUUCGCAACAAGUUGAGGGAGCUCUGUGUGAAGCUGAUGUUCCUCCACCCUGCGGACUACGGCCGUAAGGCAGAGGAGCUGCUCUGGAGGAAGGUUUACUACGACGUGAUCCAGGUUAUCAAGACCAACAAGAAGCAAGUCCACAGUCGCAGCGCUCUGGAGUGCGCCUACCGCACGCACCUGAUCGCCGGCGUCGGCUUCUACCAGCACCUGCUGCUCUACAUCCAGUCCCAUUACCAGCUGGAGCUGCAGAACUGCAUCGACUGGACCCACGUCACGGACCCGCUCAUAGGCCGGAAGAAACCAGUGUUGGCCACCCCCAAGGAGAUGGAGUGGGCCCAGAUGGCCUGCCACCGCUGUCUGGUCUACCUCGGAGAUCUAGCCCGUUAUCAGAACGAACUUGCCGGAGUGGAGGCGGAGCAGCUGGCCGAGCGGUACUACCAUCAGGCGCUGUCCGUCAUGCCACACGUGGGAAUGCCGUUUAACCAACUGGGAACGCUGGCAGGGAGCAAGUUCUACAACGUUGAAGCAACCUACUACUACCGUCGCUGCAUCCAAUCAGACGCCCCCUUUGAGGGCUCUUACGGCAACCUGAAGCGCCUGUUUGACAAAGCUGCCAAGAUGUACCAGCAGGUGAAGAAGCAGGAAAUGAAGAAGCUGUCUCCUUCUCGACAAAGAUUAAAAGACAUCAAGCACCUCCUGGUGAGCUUCAUGUACCUCCAGAGCCUCCUGCAGCCCAAGAACAGCCUCAUGGAGACGGAGCUGACGUCGCUCUGCCAGUCGGUGCUGGAGGACUUCAACCUGGUGCUCUUCUACCUGCCGCCGCCGCCCGGCGGGGCGCUCCACCCCCCCAGCGAGGAAGAGGAGGAGGAGCCGCCGCCGCCGCAGCAGCAUGCCGACAGCUCCUCCCCCGUUCUGCCCGACACCCUCGUCUUCAAGAUGGUGGUCACGUGUCUGAUGGUGGUGCACAGCCUGAAGAAGGGAGGCUCAAAGCAGUACAGCGCGUCCAUCGCGUUCACGCUGGCGCUCUUCUCCCAUCUGGUGAACCACGUCAACAUCCGACUGCAGGCGGAGCUGGAGGAGGCGGACAGCCAGGUGCCGCCGCUUCCAACCGGCGCCUCAGACGACCUGGAGGUGAGGGACGGAUCGGCUCCAGCGGCGGAUGAAAAGCCUCUGCAGAACGGCUCCCUGGAGCAGGAAGACGACGACGAAGAGGAGGAGGAGGAGGCGGUGGCGGAGGAGGAGAAGAAGAAGAAGGAGGAGGAGGACGAAGAUGGCCUCGCGAGGGUUGCCGCCAAGAAGCCAUGCGGCGCCGAAGAGCAGCGCCAGACGGAGGAGGAGAAACAGAGACAGAAGAAGAAGUACAGCCGUCUCUCUCGCCUCCGCCGGCGGCGCUGCGCCCACAAGGACACCCGCGGCGAGGCGGAGAGCGACCUGAGCGAGGGCUUCGAGAGCGAGGAGGACGAAGAGGACGCCGACGAGAGCCGGGGCCGCGCCGACUCGACGGGCGACGCGACGGCGGCGGAAACCCCCGUCGAUCCGCCGGCCGUCAGGAAGGAGAGCGAGCGGGACCCCCUCGGGGAGGAGGGCAGCUGGGGGAGCGGCUCCGAGGAGGAAGAGGAGGAGGAGGAAGAAGAGGAAGGGGGGACGGCGUUCGACGUGGAGACCGACUCGGACAUGAACAGCCAGGAGUCUCGCUCGGACCUGGAGGACAUCGAGGACGCGGAGAGCUCGGACACCUUGGAGGGUCAGGCGCGGGAGCAGCAGGACGACGAGGAAGACGAGGACCGGGCCAAGGAAGACGGCGGCGGCGGCGUGGACGGCGCCGCGCCGCCGACCACCAACGGGCCGCUGCUCCCGCCCGGCGACGCCGGCAUCAGCAGCAACCUGCAGGCCAUGUCCUCGCAGCUCUUCCAGGCCAAGCGCUGCUUCCGCCUGGCGCCCACCUUCAGCAACAUGCUGCUGAGGCCCCAGGCCUCGGCCCCCCCGGGGAGCCCCCCCCCCGCCGAGGCCUCUGCUCCGCCCUCGCAAGACACGCCCCCUCCUCCCGGGGAGUCGCCGUGCGACACCGCGAACCGCGCCGCCGCCAACGGAACCAAUGAAAAUGACCUGGACUCCGACUCGGAGGGCAGCCAGCACAGCACGCAGUCGGUCCACAGCGAGAAAACCCUCCUGGAGAAGCUGGAGAUCCUGACCAAUCAGGGCUUGAUCCAGGUGGUGAAGGUCUUUGUGGAUUGGCUGAGGACGAACACCGACAUCAUCCUCAUGUGUGCCCAGAGUUCUCAGAGCCUGUGGAACCGACUGUCCGUGCUGCUCAACCUGCUCCCAGACGGCAGCAAGAUGCUGGAGGCCGAGCUGGGUCUGAACGCCGCGGUGACGGAGCUGCUGAGCGAGUGCGAGCAGCCCGUCUUGGUCCAGACUCUGCUGCUGCCGGAGGACGUGGCUCUGCGACACCUGCCCGCCCUCACCGUGGCUCACCGCCGCCUCGACUUCACUCGCCGAAACCCCUCCCUCAGCUCCCUGCAGGAGUGUGUCGUGCGAGUGUGUUGCAUUCGCAGUUUUGGCCACUUCCUGACGAAUCUCCAGGGCAACGUGCUGCACUUCAACCCGGAGGCGGGCAUCUUCACCAGCAUCAGCCAAUCGGAGCAGGACAACCUGGUGCAGCAGGCCAAGGCCCAGUUCCGGAUGGCCGAAGAGGAGGCGCGGCGAAAUCGCCUAAUGAGGGACAUGGCCCAGCUGCGACUGCAGUUGGAGGUGUCGCAGCUAGAGGGCAGCCUUCAGCAGCCCAAGGCCCAGUCGUCCAUGUCGCCCUACCUGGUGCCGGACACGGCUGCUCUCUGCCAGCACCUCAACCUCAUCCGGCAGCUGGCCGGCAGCGGCUGCUUCAUCAUCAUCAUCCCGCGGACAGUGAUCGACGGACUCGACCGGUUGAAGAAGGAGAACGCCGGCGCCAGGGACGGCAUCCGCUUCCUGGAGUCCGAGUUUCGCAAAGGCAACAGGUACAUCCGCUGCCAGAAGGAGUCCGGGCGGAGUUUCGAAAGAGACAAAGUGAAGCGCCAGGACAUGGAGGCCUGGCAUUUAUACAAGAUGGUGGACAGCUGUCGCCAGCUCACCGUCUCCCAGAGCAACGGAGAUGAAGACACGGCCGGCAUGGUGACCAUCCUGACCGACCACCACGCGGAGGAGCUCUGCACGCGGUCGGCGGCCAUGAAGGCGGCGGUCCAGGCGGCGGGCGCGGCGGGCAUGGAGCUGAAGAACAUCGUGGAGUUCUACCGGCAGUGGAAGGAGAUCGGCUGAGAGGUCCAGCGGGGGGGCAGCAGCUGGCGGCCGCUGCGAACAGCUGAUCGAUCACAACACUCGCGCUCUCUCUCUCUCUCCUCUCUCUCUCACCCUCUCUUUUGCUCCGCGCAUCCACGUCUUCAAAAGCUCGAAAGAAAGCUGAACCGAAAAGGAAAAGUCAAAAGCGUACGGAGGAGGAGUGGGAAAGUUGUAAAAAAAAAAUAAUAAAAAAACGGCGGACUGAAAAAUAAUCAAAUAAACAAAUGAAAGUCGGCGAGGAAAAAAAUUUGAGAGCGAAACCGAACAGCGCGAAUAAGAACGAGCAGAUCUCCCAAACCCUAAACAUAAAGAGUGACCCCUAGUGGUCGGAGCGCGAAACGCUGGGCGGGGGGGAGGAAACGUGCCCCUGGUUCACACCCUAACCAGGAAUACACUGUACAUGUUAGCAACGCGAGUCCGCGGCGCCGAGAGAGGAGGCGCACACACACAUUCACACGUUCACGCGCGGACGAAUCCAUGUCGAUGUUCAGGGCCGUGGUUUUUCGGGAUCUCCGGUCCCCCGGUCCCGCAGAAGAAGAGGGCGAAGAGCGUGGCGGCGUGGGGGAAAGUCGAGGAGACCGCUUCUCUUUUCUUUUCUUUUUUAAGACGGAGGAAGCCCCGCCCACCCGAGGCGUCCCGCGAAGCGAACCCGAGCGCCUCAUCGAGGAGGGGUUGCGGGCGAAGAAGACGACGUCGCGGCAAGCUCUUCUUCUCCUCCGGGGAUCGGUCUCUCGUUCCCGCGUGGCUCUUUUGUUUUAGGUUGUUUUUUUUCAUUUGCGGUGUACUUUUGUGACCAGUGACUUGUAUUGUGCUGUUCUGUAUGAGAAGAGGAAGAAGAAGAGGAGGAGGAAGAAGAAGAAGUAACUAAACGGGUGUCGUCCCGUUAAAGGUUUUAAUUUGGAUUUUAUUUUUGUACCCAAAUGUUGUUGAUUUUUUUGUUGUUGCUUUUUGUAAAGCUACAUUUUGAAUGAGAUGUCCCGAGAAUGUUUGAGGGGGGGGGGGGCUGUCGCCAUGCGUUGAGCCACUGAGCAAAUCCUUCGGUUCUGAAACGACUAAUAAUCCAGAAUUUAUUUAUCAAGGUGUCAGUUAGAGGGAGCCGGAAGCCGGUUGGCCCCCUGUUGGAAGAGGCGGGGCCGGCUGACUCCUCCCCCUCCCCGAGGACCGCGGGUUGUGUUUGUGGACCCCAGUAAACUCCUAUAAGUGUGUCCCAUCUCCAUCUCCAUAGUGAGUCCCCAUCGUGCACCGUGCAUAAGAGCAGCAGUAUACGUGUGUGUGUGUGGCCAUGCAUUGAACAAUAAAAAGAAACCCGUAUAAAUCA